GAGACGAGCGGAGAGGAGAUAUUUUUUAAACAACCAAUAGAAUUGAGUUAUUGACACGUCUCCUCUCCGCUCAGCUUCAGUGGAGAUCGCUGUGCGGAGAUGUGUAAUAUUUGUAUGUCGCGAUGGAAGCGGAGAUGUGAGCUGUGCGCGGACGACGCGCAGUGGAGACGAGAGAUGUGAGCGGCGUGCAGUGAGCGAUGUCACCCUCCCCCCUCUCGCCCGCUAGCAACCCGCAGAACCCCGCGCGCGCGCCGGCCGGCCAUCUUGCUAGUACCGUGCGCGCGAGCACACGCUUUUAUCGUGAAUAAUUUGUGCAGUUUGUAUUUUUCAACGUAAACAAUUAGUUAAUUUAAAUAAAACGUAAUGGAUGAACAAUUUAUUGAAUCAGUAAAAAAAUAUCCAUGUCUAUGGAACACAUCAAUAGAUACCUAUAAACUUACUGACGUCAAAGAUGCAGCUUGGGAGAACGUUUUGAAAGAAACUCAAUUAUCUGACGUAAAAACGGCUAAAUCUAAGUGGAAAAAGUUGAGAGACAGCCACCGGGACGCAUUAAAAAGGAAGAAUGCCACUAGAAGUGGACAGAGUGGUAAACAAAUUCGUGAAUGGAAAUAUGAGAAGGUAAUGGAAUUUUUGAUACCAUAUAUGACGAAUAGAAACAGGACUACAAAUUAUACCUCACAAACAAAUAUAAAUGAACAGGAAACAAAUUCAUUGGAAAGUAAUGUAACCGAUGAGUUUUUUGAAACAUCAAGCAAUCAUACAAGAAGCACUCCAGAAGAUCGUCCAUCUGUACAACAUUCGCCGUCACCGACAUCAAGCGUCUCAGCCUCGACAUGCAGAAAUGCAACAAGAAAAUCGGAUGAAAUAAGUAAUUUACUUAUACAGCACCAUGCAAACCGUGAAAGAAUACGCCAAGAAAAACUAGAAAUACAAUCAUUGAUAGAGAAAAAUAAUACCCUUGACGAAAUGGACACUUUUUUUCUGUCGAUAUCAAAAAGUGUAAAAAAGCUUUCUCAAUAUAUGCAGCUUCAGGCUAAACGUAAAAUUUUCAAUGUUCUUUUAGAAUUGGAAGAACUUGAGCUACAAAACACAUGGUAUAACACAAAUGAAAAUAAUUGGUAUUCCCCCGGUUACACUUCAGCACCGGGUCCAAGUUCGACACCGGGUCCUAGCUCAACACAGGCACCGGUUCUUACAUCAACACAGGCCGGUGGUCCUAACUCAACACAGGCACCGGUUCUUACAUCAACACAGGCCGGUGGUCCUAACUCAACACAGGCACCGGUUCCUAGCUCAACACAAAUACCGGGUCCAAGUUCGACACAGGCACAUGACCGAUGA